CCGUGAAAGAUCCGAAGCACCGGCAAGUACAGGCCUACUCGGAAACGCCUCGUGGUGGAAGUCGAGAGAUCAAAAUCGGUGACAGUUCGUCCAUUUCCCCCAGCUUGAUCCAUUGUGAACUAUGUGCUGGCUCGCAUUCAAACUUCUCCUUGUUCCUUCUUAUCCUUUUUAAUCCCCCGUUUGUUGGAAAUCCUGUCCUCAUUUCUCGUUUUCACGCACUUUCUCGAUACCAUCAUUCACCGUGUCCAAGAUCAGGCUCGUGAACGAUGUCUAUAUCAGUAUUUCAAAUCUUAAAUACGUCUGAUCGCUCAAAGUCCGUAUAUCAAACACAGCAGGAAAGCUUUGUAUAAAUCAAGCCUCGAUCGUACACCGGAUCGUAACUUCUUGGAAUUUUGGCACUCCGAGGUUGGUCUGACCCCCACAGUAAAUGGAAACCCCAGUCGCCUGUAACGACAGGCUAAUUAUCGGGUAUCAGGAAGAAAAAAUCAACCAUAGGAAUCGCAGGCCCUAGUUUCCUCUAUAUUUAACGCACAAGAAUGGCUAUGACGAACGGUGGCGAACAAUACCGCUCAAACAGAAUCAUGACUUCUUCCUUCCAUUCCCGCUGUCCCGUAAUGUAAUCUGACCAGGUCUUGGGGGCUUUGGACCAGGCAUCUUCCGCAUGUUGAUGGUAGCUCUUAUACCAGAGACUCUUUACCGAAUCGCUCCAUCAGCGGAAUGGCCCCUCCGCGCUUGGUCGUGCUGUUCUUCGUUGGUUGGACUCACAUCCUACUUUACGGCUUCAAUGCUGUCCUGUUCGUGGUGGGGAUUUACCUCCUUCGAAAACGAAAGGAUCGCCAGGGCAGCGAGUUCCUAUUCAUAUCCUCGUCUUUGCUGUUCACUUUUGCGACUAUCUCUGCUAUAGUCAGCACUGUGAUAGUAGUUGGGGGGUACCUCUCUAUGUCUGGUAGUCUACCUACUUCAAUCAAUUUACGAGCGUGCAGCAUCAUUCAAUACUUACUUGUUCAUCUCAUCGAUUUGAUUUCAUUCACAGUACUGGCCUAUCGUUGUUUCCAUAUCUGGGGUGGUCGUUAUCUUGUUAUUGCUCUUCCCGUGGUCAUCUUCCUCGCAGAGACUGGUGUUUAUUAUUCCGAGUUUCGUCAGUAUAUGACGGUUCAGUACAUAUCUGACCCCGCGCAAGAGAGCGGCGACUUCAUAAAACAGUCAUUACCAUUUACGACCGCUGUGGUGGUACUGGCUGCAGUGUCCAACGCAUUGCUAACAGUUUUAAUCGCCGGUCGGAUGUGGUGGAUGAAGAGGCAAAUACAAUACUUCGUGUGCGACGGAAUCGUGGGCAAUUUACCGCAGAGAUACGAAUCCAUCAUCGCUAUGACGAUGGAAUCGGGAAUGAUCAUUCCAACAUUUAUCAUCAUCUACACUGUUGUUGGCGUCCUCAAUGCUAAGACCGGUACCUACGGCGAUGUUAUCGUUGUAUUGUCUACCAUACUACCUCAAAUCGUUGCGUUCGCUCCCCUGAUUAUCCUGGUUCGUGUUGGCCUUGGGAUCAGAGUCGAACGUGAUCAGAUCAAUUCAAGUCAAAGUAGUCAAGGCAGAACAACAGUUCCGCAUGUGUUGAGUAUACACCGAGACGUUACGGUGUCAGUAUCUGUCGCUCCACCGGAGGAUGUGGAACUCGGCUCGAUUUCGAAGGGACAAAAAUUUUAGUUGCCUCACGUCGCCGAUUGGUAUAUUUAAAUGCGUGUAGUGUUAUUGGAUGAGGAGCCACUCAAGCAUUGCUCGUCAUUGUAAUAGUAAUC